GCUGACGACUUGUUCCUACUUCGGGUUUAGUUGUUGACUGACUCUGGAAAUUGAAUGAUCCUUUUGAGACAAGUGUAAAAUUUUACUAAAAGUAAGCGUGAUUUUAGUAGUGUACUUUUUACUUCUCGAGUAUGGAAAAUUUGCCUCCGCGAAAAAUUCAAGUCUAGUGAAUCAUCCAAAUACUAUUGUAGAAGUUUGCAACGGUUCGUGUUAGCUCUCCAUAAAACUUGAUUUUUUGAGUGUGCAUAAAUCAUAGUCAAGUAAAUUAAGAUCAUCGCCUAUCGUCGUAUGGAAAAUUGCCACGAAGAGACUUUCACCGUGUUCAGGCAUUUUGAUUGCGUCUUCACUGUUAAAGAUAGAACAAAAAGAGCCGAUUGAAAAUAAAAGGAGUGGAAGUUCUCCAAGAAGUGACUGGCUGUACAAUUGAGGAAAUCUAGGAAACGAAAUGAGUGUCUUUUCACCAAUCAAAGCUACUUUCGAUGAGAAUGAUCGCGUCAUCAAGGUCGACACCUCCGAGGCAAAAUCAGUUAGUCGCUUCGGAACGUCGCUUUUGUACCGGUGGGGCGAUUACAAUUUUCAUCCCAGAGCAAUCGAAAUACUAUGUAAAAUCCAAAAAUUGACCUUCAAAGAAGAUGACGUGAUUCUAUGCAUGUUCCCAAAAUCCGGCUCAACAUGGCUCAGUGAAUGCAUUUAUUUGAUAGUAAAUCAGUACAAAUACGAGCUCGCUUCCGAAGAAUCGAUCGAGCUUCGUUUCCCGCAAAUCGAUUCUCCAUCACACGAUGUUUUCGACUUGAUCUUGAAGCGAUACAACGAUUCGAAUUCACGGAGACUCAUAAAAUCUUCCGUGCCACCAAACUUGCUCAUCGAACGAGCGGGUUCGGAUGCAACCAAGCCGAAAGUGAUAUCCAUAUUUAGGAAUCCGCGGGAUGUUUUGGUGUCGUUUUAUCAUCAUUGCAAAACGGUGAAACAUUAUGACAUUGAGUUCUCAUUCGACGAUUUCUUCGAGACAUUCCUAAGAGGCCAAGUGCCUUGUGGGCCGAUUUGGAAAAUGUACAAUGAUAUGUUCAAAUAUCAUCAAGCAAAUCCGGGAAGCACCAUGGUUGUAUUCUACGAAGAUAUGAAACAGGAUUUGCGUGCACAACUGAGAAAAGUGUGCGCAUUUUUAAAUUGUCAGGAGCCGAACGACGAGCGUGCUUGGGCUCAGCUGUUGGACCAUCUCAGUGUUGAUCGGAUGCGACAGAACAAAACCAUCAAUCGUCAUGACUGGGACAAGCUCGGCUUGAGGAAUUCCAACGGUUUUGAAUUUGUUCGCAAGGGCCAAGUGAAUGAUUGGAAGAAUUUCUUCAACGAUGAACAAUCCGUCCGAUUUGAUAGAGAAAUUACUGAUAAGCUAUUACCUGAACUCCAGGCGCGAUAUAGACAGCAAAGGUAAUGAUUCAGCAAAAAGUGUUGGUAAUUGGUUGAUAGUUUCACUCAUAAAACUUGCAGAUUAACAAAUAGUUAAAGUUACGUCAGAGUAGACGUAGUUGAACUUUUCUGAAUUUUUUUGAAAACCAAAAUGCCAUUGAUAUGUGGCUUAAACGAAGCCCUGUGAUGAGGAAUACAUCUGGAAAAGUAUUCAUAUAGCGAGGACGCGAUUUUUAAUACUUAACAGUGCUAACUUUGUUUGAGCUCAAACUAAAUAUUUUACUUAAAGUAUCAUCCUAAGGUUUGAUUUUAGUCACAAUUCGAUAGAUUAGGUUCCUCCAAUACAAGCUAGCAAUAAAUGAGAGACUGUUUGUAGGAUUAAGUGUGAAUAAAUUUUUGUCAAUUAUAACAUUCUACUUUUAUAAAAUUCGUGUCAGCUCUUC